AGGCGGGGGAGGGGGCGGCGGCGCCGGCGGGGCUGGAGGAGUCGCUGUCGGCCGUGGCGGCGGCGCUGGCGGAGCACGGGCCCUUUGACGGGCUGCUGGGCUUCAGCCAGGGCGCGGCGCUGGCCGCCAUGGUGUGCGCCCUGCGGGCCCGCGGCGACCCCCGCUUCCCCGUGGCCUUCGCCAUCCUGGUGGCCGGCUUCGCCAGCCGAGCCCCGGCCCACGGCCACUUCUACCGGGAGCCCAUCGCCCUGCCCACGCUGCACGUCGUGGGCGAUGCUGACGCCGUCAUCGCCGCCCCCCUCAGCAGGGAGCUGGCCCAGCACUUCGUGGAGCCUGUCGUCCUCACCCACCCCGGCGGGCACUUCGUCCCGGUGGCUGCCCCGCAGAAGAAGGCUUACCUGGACUUCUUGGACCGCUUCUGCCCCGGGCGGGGACAGACUGAGCCUGUGGGGGCGGGGGCCGUUUGA